AUGCAGUCUAAUGCCAACACCACUCCAGCUGAUUCAGGAGAGCCAAAAACUCAAGAUGAUAAUGAAGAGAAAUUGUACACAAAAGCGAUUAUGCGAGCAUAUGCACGAAGGUCAGCACUGCUGGAGCCAACAGCAAUACAUCCACCUGGCCUGAUACUGAAUGAUGACACACUUCAAGAAGGGCCUGAAAUGCAAGAAGGCGAACUUACUGACGGGCUUUCCGACUUGACCGAUGAGGAAAAUUAUCGUCAUUCUCACACAAAGUCGCUGUCCAAGAAGCUAUUCAUGAAACUUUUAAAUGAUCCACGCGUCUGGUCAUUAACUGCACUGAACCUUAUAGUAGCAGUAACAUGUUUCGCCAUACUUAUCAUUACGGCGGUCUUCCUUAUUAAAAUAGUGGAUGUUAACAAGACGAUAGCAAAAAUCUCCAACCGAGAACAACCAUGUCUAUACCAGUGGAGUGAAUGGAGCUUAUGCUCGGAAACAUGCUCGUCCUCUUCACGUCUACCCUCUCGAUCACGACAUGUCCUUAACAAAACCAUUAUCCAAGCUCGUGGUCGUUUUCCUGCUUGUCCCAGUAAUUUGGAAACAAUGACUGAAUAUAUGCCUUGCAACGUCUAUAGAUGUCCAGUAAAUCUUAGUUCCUUUACUACCUGGACUCAAUGUUUCUACAAAGAUCCUAACAUCCGUGAAGCAGGCGGUUGCUACAGAAUGCGCGAUCUUCCUACCACAAAUCAGCUUAUAUAUAUGGAUACCGACAAUCUUGUUAAAGACGAAAGCGAAUUGUUUGAUACGAAGAUCAUACAUGGAUAUGCGCAGAAGUCUGCGCUUUCUAAUGAGAAAGCAAUACUUCCUCAUCAGGAAGAAACCGAACAAAAGACUCUUGAUGAUGAACCUGAAAUGAAAGAGGGAUGUUUAACACAGGAGCUAUCUGAUGUAACUGAAAUCGAGGAAGAUAUCGCUUCUUCUUCCCUAUCCUUUUCAUACACUCUAUAUAAGCGAAUUAUGCGUGAUCCACGUGUACGAAUGCUAACCGCAGUAAAUUUUAUGGUAAUUCUGUUAUGCCUUUGCUUAUUUAUAACUAUAACAGUCUUUCUGAUUAAGACACUUAUUGUCAACAAUAAGAUAGCGAAAAUAUCAGAAAAUGAAUUGCCAUGCAUGUAUCAGUGGAGUGAAUGGAGUGCAUGCUCAGAAACAUGCAUGAGCACUUCAGAAAUGCCAUCUCGAUCACGUCAUGUACAUAAAAAAAGUAUUAUACGUUCCCGCGGUAAAUUUCCGCCUUGUCCUGAAAAUUUGGCAACAAUGGUUGAAAGAAUGCCUUGCAACAUUUAUCGAUGUCCGAUAAAUCUCAGUUCAAUCACUGGAUGGACUCAGUGCUUCUAUAAGAAUCCAAGCAAGGGUGCAGCAGACGGAUGCUACAGAAUACGUGAUAUCCCCACUGUUAACCAGCUUAUUUAUAUCGAUACCACAAAUGUUACAGAAGAUUGCAAAUGUCCUUCCAUCGUUUUUUAA